UCCAAGAGAUGAAGCCCCUUUCAGCUAGUGACCUGGUGGUCCUUACUUGUGGCUCCACAAAGGCGCCUGGGCUUAGCAGGACCCAGUGAUCCUCUGACUUUAGAAUGGGUAAUGCGAUUGAAAAACAGAAGCCCGUGAAACGAGGUCAUCUGUGCCCCUGGAAGCAAGACUCUCAGCGUUCUCAUCUCUCUUCCUUCACCAUGAAGCUCAUGGACAAAUUCCACUCGCCCAAAAUCAAGAGAACGCCGUCAAAGAAGGGAAAACCAGCCGAGGUGUCUGUGAAGAAUUCAGAGAAGCCCCUGAACAAAGAGGCAACAGACAGAUUUCUACCAGAGGGCUACCCUAACCCCUUGGAUCUGGAGCAGCAGGCAGUAGAAUUUAUGCCCACCAGUGCUGUGGCUUCCAGAUCUCAAAGGCAGAAGAACCUGAGCUGGCUGGAAGAGAAAGAGAAGGAAGUGGUCAGUGCCUUGCGCUACUUUAAGACCAUUGUGGACAAAAUGGCCAUUGAUAAGAAGGUACUAGAGAUGCUGCCAGGGUCUGCCAGCAAGGUGCUGGAAGCCAUCCUACCCCUGGUUCAGAUCGAGCCACGAAUUCAGCACAGCUCAGCCCUCUCCUCCUGCUAUAGCCGGGUGUACCAAAGUCUCGCCAACCUCAUCCGGUGGUCUGACCAAGUGAUGCUAGAAGGUGUGAACUCAGAAGAUAAGGAGAUGGUGACAACCGUGAAGGGGGUCAUCAAAGCCGUCCUGGAUGGAGUGAAGGAGCUGGUCAGACUUAUCAUCGAGAAGCAAGGACAUCCAUCUCCAACAAGCCCAGUGAAGCCAAGCUCCCCGGCCUGCAAACCUGAUGGCCAGUCUGAGCUCCCCUUGACAGAUCGAGAGAUGGAGAUCCUAAACAAGACAGCUGGGAUGUCACAGUCCACCGAGCUGCUCCCAGACUCCACAGAUGAAGAGGUCGCACCUCCCAAGCCCCCUUUACCUGGCAUCCGGGUAGUCGAUAAUAGCCCUCCGCCUGCAUUGCCACCCAAGAAAAGGCAGUCAGCUCCGUCCCCCACCCGAGUGGCUGUAGUGGCCCCAAUGAGUAGAGCUACCAGUGGCUCCAGUUUGCCGGUUGGAAUUAAUAGGCAGGACUUUGACGUGGACUGUUACACUCAGAGGCGGCUGUCCGGAGGCAGCCACUCCUACGGUGGAGAGUCCCCUCGCCUUUCCCCCUGCAGCAGCAUAGGCAAGCUCAGCAAAUCGGAUGAGCAGCUGUCUUCUCUGGACAGGGACAGUGGACAGUGCUCCCGGAACACAAGCUGUGAAACACUAGAUCACUAUGAUCCUGACUAUGAAUUCCUCCAGCAAGACCUCUCUAACGCAGACCAGAUACCUCAGCACGUGGCCUGUAACCUGAGCCCACUGCCGGAGUCCUUGGGAGAGUCUGGAUCUCCAUUUCUUGGUCAUUCUUUCCAGCUGCCUCUUGGCAGCUGUCCCCAGCCAGAGGGACACCUGGCCCUUGGGCAGCAGACAGACACACCGCCUGCUCUCCCGGAGAAGAAGCGUAGGAGUGCAGCCUCGCAGACUGGGGACAGCACAGGCUGCAGGAUGUCCUACGAGCGGCACCCUUCACAAUACGACAACAUCUCUGAGGACGACCUGCAGAACCCGGCCUCCGUCCAGCCGGUCUCCUUUGCGUCCUGUCCUGCUGUUCUCCCCUUCCAGCCAGGGGGAUCCUCGGCUCCUGUCGAGUUUGUGGGCGACUUCACGGUUCCAGACUCCACGGGUGACCCAGAAAAACCACCUCCGCUACCAGAGAAGAAAAACAAACACAUGCUGGCCUACAUGCAGCUGCUCGAGGACUACUCAGAGCCCCAGCCCUCCAUGUUCUACCAGACGCCGCAGAACGAGCACAUCUACCAGCAGAAGAACAAGCACCUCAUGGAGGUGUAUGGCUUCAACGACUCCUUCAGCAGUGGAGACUCCGGCCAGGAGCUGGCCCCACCCCCUGCCCUGCCCCCCAAGCAAAGGCAGCUGCAGGCCUCCUAUGCUGCUGCUUCCCUCUCCUCUGUCUCCUACUGUGUCCAGCAAACUAAAGUGACCUUCACGCCCGAGGACGGCAGUGCCACUCAGGGCAUCAGUGUGUCCGUCUCUAACUCCUUUCUCAGCCGGCACGGCAACUUACCUGUGCCCUCGUAUAAAUCUGUGUUUAGGUCCUUCUCCCAGGAUUUCGUGCCUCACAACCAAGCUUCCGUUCCACCUUUCCUUCCGUCUACCUCCUCUUCCUCUCCACAUUUCCCGCCUGUCCACCAGUCUCAGAGCUCUGACUUAGUGGUGCCAGCUGUAGCCAGCCCGCCUUCCAACACCGUGGACGGGCCCCUUUCAUCCUGUCAGGAGAACAGCUUUCACGGGAACACUGUCUGCCUUCCUCCUGAAACCUCUUUCACUGACUCGCCCCAGACGCCUUCGAGUGAAAGCGCCAGUGAGGACACUGGUGAGGGUGAAUAUGUCAAUCUGUACUCCUCUGGCCAGCGCAGCAAGGAGCACCCUCACUCUCGAGGAGAAUCGCCAACUGUGAGAGACGGGCACCCCAAAGAGUCGUCCUCAGUGGGCAGCACAUCUGGGAAGGAACAGCGAGCCAGCGGUGAAAGGACACCCACGUCACCAGAUGCCCUGGAGGUCACUCAGUCAGAGGAGGAAGUGGACGAGCUGUCCCUGAUUGACCACAAUGAAAUUAUGGCAAGGUUGACACUCAAGCAAGAGGGCGAUGAUGGACCGGAUGUCCGUGGAGGGUCUGGGGACAUCUUGCUGGUCCAUGCGACUGAGACGGACAGGAAAGACUUGGUGUUGUACUGUGAAGCCUUCUUGACGACCUACCGGACCUUCAUCACCCCAGAGGAGCUCAUCAAGAAGCUGCAGUACAGGUAUGAAAAAUUUUCUCCCUUCGCCGACACCUUCAAGACGCGGGUCAGCAAGAACACGUUCUUUGUGCUAGUGCGAGUGGUGGAUGAGCUGUGCCUGGUGGAGCUGACCGAGGAGAUCUUGAAGCUGCUGAUGGAGCUGGUCUUCCGCUUGGUGUGCAAUGGAGAGCUCAGCCUGGCCCGCGUGCUGCGCAAGAACAUCCUGGACAAAGUGGACCAGAAGAAGUUACUCAGGUGUGCCAACUCCGACCAGCCCCUGGCUGCCCGCGGAGUAGCAGCCAGGCCAGGGACCUUGCACGACUUUCACAGCCACGAGAUAGCAGAGCAGCUGACCCUGCUGGAUGCUGAGCUCUUUUAUAAGAUAGAGAUCCCUGAGGUUUUGCUCUGGGCAAAAGAGCAAAAUGAAGAGAAGAGCCCCAACCUGACCCAGUUCACUGAGCACUUCAACAACAUGUCCUACUGGGUUCGGUCGAUCAUCAUGCUGCAGGAGAAGGCCCAGGACAGGGAACGACUGCUUCUGAAGUUCAUCAAGAUCAUGAAGCACUUACGGAAGCUCAACAACUUCAACUCCUACCUGGCCAUCCUCUCUGCACUGGACUCGGCGCCCAUCCGCAGGCUGGAGUGGCAGAAACAGACCUCCGAGGGCCUGGCCGAGUACUGCACAUUGAUUGACAGCUCUUCCUCCUUCCGGGCCUACCGGGCUGCCCUCUCCGAGGUGGAGCCCCCCUGCAUCCCAUACCUGGGGCUGAUCCUGCAGGACCUCACCUUCGUUCACCUGGGAAACCCAGACUAUAUUGACGGGAAGGUGAAUUUCUCCAAACGGUGGCAGCAGUUCAACAUCCUUGACAGCAUGCGGUGCUUCCAGCAGGCGCAUUAUGACAUUCGGAGAAACGAUGACAUUGUCAACUUCUUCAAUGACUUCAGUGACCACCUGGCUGAGGAGGCCCUGUGGGAACUCUCUCUGAAAAUCAAACCCAGGAACAUAACGCGGAGAAAAACAGACCGAGAAGAGAAAACCUAGGACCGGGUGUGGGAGCGAGGAGACGCUCGAGAGAGGUGCAGCGGGCCGCUCCGAGGCCGCACAAGACUUUGGACCUGGCGCAAGGUGGCAGCCCUGUCCCCGAUCAGGCUGCAAGUGUCCGGGCCUCGGAGCCCCAGGCCCGGCCCGGCCUCUGGUGUGAUAGGCGAGGCUGGAGUCGAGCCUGCUGGCAGCUGUCCACCUCCCUCCUCGGAAGGAGCAGACCCUGUGGCCCACAGAGAGCCCACUGGGCUGGUGUUAGACUGAUGUUGUGAACUGGUGGUUUCCUGCAUUUUCUAAGUAUUUUCUUUCAUUUCUACCCUCCCCUCCCCUCCAACACCGCACGCCAGCCUGGGAGCCACACAGCGAUGGCAGCAGCAGUAGCUCAAGGCACAGAGGCCGAGGGUGCGGAGGGGCCCCGCUUCCAGCCGCCCUCCGGAUGAACUAGGAUGGAGGGAGCCUCAGAGUGGGCCAAGAGCGGGGAGGACACCGGGAGAUCCCUUUCAUUCUAAAAUAGCGGCCGGGAGAGCUCUCGCCAGCCCCAAGAGGUACUGCUGGACUUCCCAGCAGCCCCCUUGAUGGUAGUGGCCUGGGACCCUCUGCUGGGCGGUGAAUCUCCACCCUCUUGUACUUUAGUCUUCCCCCACCGCUCCGCUGGGACGACCCCCUGACCCUGAGAGCUGACAGUUUUUCAUCGCCACUUCCCCUCAGAGAAACCAUACCUCGGAGAGUCCAGCUUUUCUGAACGGGCAGCAGCCCAAAGGAGAGACACCCCCCCAGAGCCCUCUGUACCGGCAGAGCUCAUGAAACCCCUCUUCUGUUGCAUCUGUUGCUUGCUGUGUGCCUUAAACUCCCCUGUGCCCUGCACCCUGGCCCACAGGCUGCCCUCGGCUCCUGCCCUGUGCCCCUUGACUGAAGAAGGACCCUGGGCCCUGAGACCUGGCUACAGAGGUGGCAGUGGGUCACAGCCCCACCCUGCAGGGCUUCCUUGUCCACUGGCAGAAGUGGGGUGGGGGGGAGGUGGGUCAGGGGUCUUUCAUCCUCCUCGUCAAAAACCACUGGACAAUCCCAAGCCAGUGUGGGGCCCCCUCCUGCCUCUGCAGAGCUGCCAGCUGCCGGCCUUCCCAGAGUGCUGCAUCUCCUGUCAGGGCUUCUAGCUCCCCCACCCCUGGGGCGGGCCGCCUUUUGUUUUUGUUUGGUUGUUUUGCAUGAUGGAGGGCUCUCCUGGGUCUGGGCCAGUCCCAGGAGGUGCGAGCAGAACUGGGAAAGGGAGUGGGCGGUGGCUGCGGGCUGGGGAAGUCGGCCCCUGUGGCCUCCGCAGGCCUUUGAGCGGCUCUCUGGUCAAGAGGAGAACCGGCUGGGUUUGUUUUGUCUCUCCCUUGCUUUGUUUGUCUGUGGAGUAGGUGCCGACACAAGGGCCCGCAGGACAGGGCAGAGCUCCCAGAGGCUUUCCAAGGCUGUGCUUCUUGACGGAAGCAGACCGCCUCGGCUUGCGCCUGCAGGGCAGCUGGUGGGUUCAAACCACCCACCUCUCAGCAGCCACGCACUGGGGCACUGCAGCCACAGGCGUCUGUCCAGGUUGAGGAGGAAACCGGUGAACUGUCGGUUAAAAUCCACCUCUGGCAACACUGCUGCCAGCGGAGGGCUGCAGCGGAGGGCUGGAACAUGUCACUUUAUUAUUUAAGUGUGUGUGUGUGUGUGUGUGUGUGUGUGCGCGCGCGCGCGCAGAAUCGCUGAUUUAUUAACAGUAUUGUAUGGGGAGUGGGUUUGGUUUGGUUUGGUUUUUUGUUUUCUCAUUUGUCUCCUCUUUUUUUUUUGAAGUCCCCUCAUUUCAAACUGCCCCGUGGCCGCCCUCAGCCCAGCUCUGUUGACUGCUGCUGUGCGUGUACAUCUGUGUGUGCCUGUGAGUGGCUGCUAUGCCUGUGGGGCCUUUGGAUGAUAUGAAUUCAAACCACCCCUGCAUUUUUGAGACACCCCCAGGAGACAGCCAAACUACCCCCCCUUCCAGGGACAAACCACAGUCUGUUCACAGGCCAGCUUGUCCCCAGCCAGGAGCUGGGCCCUGCAUGCUAGAGCAGGCCUGGCGCCAUCCUCAGAGGCGCCUGGUGGUCUAACUGCCUGCCCAGGCACCAAGCGGCAGUGCCCAGGAGAGGCAAGCGAGACUGGCUGUGUGAGAACGUGAAGUGUGGGACCCAGAUUUGUGGCCAGCCUCCCCACCCUGUGCCUCAUUGACACCCACUAUCUGGACGAAGUGUGCUGCUGCAGCCGCAGCUAUGAGGUGUGUUGGUGGGGUGGGGUGCGGGCUAGGUGGGGGUCAUCUUUACAGACCUGAUCAAGAUCAUCCAGUUCCCGGAAGAAAGUUCCAUUCACACUGAUGGGUGUGGGAGGAAGCCAUGUCCAACUGAACCCCAAUUCUGAGCAGCAUCUCCCUCUCUGGCGGCCCCCCAAUCCCACCCCAACUGUCACAUUGUAAUAUACUGCCCCCAACUGACCCACCCAACAGUGGCAUCUUCCCGCAGACAUUUCAAAUGUGUGACUUUUAUAUGAAAAAAAAUAAAACAGAGGAAAGCGC